CAUCCAUCAACGUUCCACACUCCAGCCCAAUAGGUGGCGGGAAUGCACAAAAUGUUUGUUUGCGAACCGCCAUAAACGAUAAAAGAAGAAGCAUCACUGCUAUGAGGAGCAGCAGAAAGAGGGCGAGUGAAGAUACAGUCAGUGCAGGUGAACAGCUACAAUCUGCACCACGUGUCGCCAACAUGGAGGAGGACGAAAAUAAACAAGACUUUCUCUAUUGUGAAGAGUGUCAGUCAUAUUUCAUCGGAGAGUGUGACGUUCAUGGUCCUCCACUGUUCAUUCCUGACACCGUUGUGUCUGUGGGGGCUGCAGACCGGGCCAGACUUACCCUUCCUGCUGGACUGGAAGUUCGGACAUCUGACAUUCCCAACGCAGGACUCGGGGUGUUUAACCAGGGAAGGAUUCUUCCAAUCGGAGCACAUUUUGGCCCUUAUGAGGCAGAAGCAAGCAAAAUGGAGGAAGCUGUCAGCAGUGGAUACUCAUUUGUGAUAUACACAAGUAAGGACUUGUAUGAAUAUGUAGAUGCCAGAAGAGAAACACACUCUAACUGGAUGAGAUAUGUAAAUUGUGCUCGCAGUGAAGAGGAACAAAAUCUGGUGGCAUUUCAGUAUGAAGGAGCGAUUCUGUACCGAUGCUGCCGGCCAAUCAAAACUGGAGAAGAAUUGCUAGUCUGGUAUGGAGAGGCCUAUGCCAAAGAUUUUGACAUCACUUUUGACCAUCUGUGGAACACUAAAUGCUCUGACAGAGAGACCGGAUCAUGUCCAGUGUUUUCCUGCUCUGUGUGUUCAUUGUCAUACACGGCUCAAACUUAUCUCCACAAACAUAUGAGAAGAUGCCAUCAUGAGGAGUGUGACAAACUGCUGAAAUGUGGAGAGAUUGACAGUGAGGACAUGGUACCUAAAAUUACCUUGAAAACAGAACAUGUAUCAUCUGAGAAUCUCUGCUCUGCCACCCAGAACGAACUAAAACACAGAGAAGAAGAUUGUGAAGAGUGUCAGUCAUUUUUCAUCAGUGAAUGUGACGUUCAUGGUGCUCCAUUGUUCAUUCCUGACACCCUUGUGCCUGUGGGGGCUGCAGACCGGGCCAGACUUACCCUUCCUGCUGGACUGGAGGUUCGGACAUCUGACAUUCCCAAUGCAGGACUCGGGGUGUUUAACCAGGGUGAGAUUCUUCCAAUCGGAGCACAUUUUGGCCCUUAUGAGGCAGAAUCAAGCAAAAAGGAGGAAGCUGUCAGCAGUGGAUACUCGUUUGUGAUAUACAAGAGUAACAACUUGCAUGAAUAUGUAGAUGCCAGAAGGGAAACACACUCGAACUGGAUGAGAUAUGUAAAUUGUGCUCGCAGUGAAGAGGAACAAAAUCUGGUGGCAUUUCAGUAUGAAGGAGCGAUUCUGUACCGAUGUUGCCGGCCAAUCAAAACUGGUGAAGAAUUGCUAGUCUGGUAUGGAGAGGAGUAUGCCAGAGAUUUUGACGUCACUUUUGACCAUCUGUGGAACACUAAAUGCUCUGACAGAGAGACCGGAUCAUGUCCAGUGUUUUCCUGCUCUGUGUGUUCAUUGUCAUACACGGCUCAAACGUAUCUCCACAAACAUAUGAGAAGAUGCCAUCAUGAGGAGUGUGACAAACUGCUGAAAUGUGGAGAGAUUAAGAAUGAGGACAUGGUACCUAAAACAACCUUGAAAACAGAACAUGUAUCAUCUGAAAAUCUCUGCUCUGCCACACAGAACGAACUAAAACACAGAGAAGAAGGCAAGGAGAAAACUCACCAUUGUGCAGAUUGUGGGAAGAGUUUCUCUUGGUUAAGUCAUCUUAUUGCACACAAGCGCAUACACACAGGAGAGAAGCCGUAUCACUGCACACAGUGUGGAAAGAGUUUCUCUCGAUUGAGUUGUCUCAGUAUACAUCAGCGCACACACACAGGAGAGAAGCCGUAUCACUGUUCACAGUGUGGGAAGAGUUUCUCUCGGCCCUACGAUCUUCGUGUACACCAGCGUAGACACACAGGAGAGAAGCCGUAUCACUGCACACAGUGUGGGAAGAGUUUCGCUCAGUCAAGUCAUCUUAGUGUACACCAGCGCAUACACACAGGAGAGAAGCCGUAUCACUGCACACAGUGUGGGAAGAGUUUCUCUCGGUUAGGUGAUCUCAGUGUACACCAGCGUAUACACACAGGAGAGAAGCCGUAUCACUGCACACAGUGUGGUAAAAGUUUCUCUCAUUUCGUUAAUAUUAGUAGACACCAACAAACACACGCAGGAGAUAAGAUGUAUCUUUGCUCACAGUGUGGGAAGAUUUUCUCUAGGUCAAGUCAUCUUAAAAGACACCAGCAAACACACACAGGAGAGAAGCCGUAUCACUGCUCACAGUGUGGGAAGAGUUUCUCUCAGUCAGGUCACCUUAGUGUACACCAGCAAACACACACAGGAGAGAAGCCGUAUCACUGCUUACAGUGUGGGAAGAGUUUCUCUCGGUUAGGUGAUCUCAGUGUACACCAGCGUAUACACACAGGAGAGAAGCCGUAUCACUGCACACAGUGUGGGAAGAGUUUCUCUCGGUUAGGUGAUCUCAGUGUACACCAGCGUAUACACACAGGAGAGAAGCCGUAUCACUGCACACAGUGUGGUAAAAGUUUCUCUCAUUUCGUUAAUAUUAGUAGACACCAACAAACACACGCAGGAGAUAAGAUGUAUCUUUGCUCACAGUGUGGGAAGAUUUUCUCUAGGUCAAGUCAUCUUAAAAGACACCAGCAAACACACACAGGAGAGAAGCCGUAUCACUGCUCACAGUGUGGGAAGAGUUUCUCUCAGUCAGGUCACCUUAGUGUACACCAGCAAACACACACGGGAGAGAAGCCAUAUCACUGCUCACAGUGUGACAAGAGUUUCUCUUAUUUGACAAAUCUCAGUGUACACCAGCUCAUACACACAGGAGAGAAGCCAUAUCAUUGCUCGCAGUGUGACAAGAGUUUCUCUCGGUCAAGACUUCUUAAUGAACACCAGUGUAUACACACAGAAGUGAAGCCGUAUCACUGUGUACCAUGUGGAAAGGGUUUUACCAGGUUUAGUAACCUCAAAAGACACCAGCGAAAACACACAGAAGUCUCUCUUUUAUUUUGAAGAUUAUAUUAUGAUUAUAUUAUGAUGUUUUGUUUACACCUGUCCUAGUGUUUUCAGGUGUUCCUUGUUUUCCCCUCUUUAUUUUGUGUACAUAUACCCCAGUGGUUUUCAUUGUCUUUUGUUGGUUUUUACUUUGUUGUAGCAUACAGUUCCAUGGAUUCAUGA